UGUUUUGCAAACUCUGAAGGCGGUGGGUCUGGAGGAGGACGGAGCCGCCGCAGCCGCGGACGUGCGCGCACCGCUGGAGGCAGUCGAGCUGCAGACCGGAGCCUGUUCGGAGCAACUCUGGCUGAUGUUAGCGGCGGAGAAGAGAGAGACAGAGAGAGAGAGAAAGAGAGAGAGAGAGAGAGAGAGAGGGGACGAGAGAGCUGGGUGGGCAUGACAUGUGAGCCAAGUCUGCACAGAUAGGUAGGCUACGCAACACAUACCCAAAGUAUGUCUGCGGCAAGGGCGCGUAGACGCUCAGAGGGACUUGACACAGGUAAAUGAAUGAGAGCACAGCUGCGGGAUUUUUUUUUUUUUUGAAAUUUUUUAUUUUUUUAUUUUUUCCAUUUAUCCCUUUGCUCGCUGAGAGGAGAGAGCUGCUCCCAGUGCCCGCGUCACCCCGGUUCAUCCUGGUAAGGUGCAGCAGUCAGGAGGAGAAGGACGCAGGAAGAAGAGCCUCUGUCUAAUUAACUGUCCGACACGGCGUUGCAGAAUACCGCGGCGGCUUCGCUUUGAGUGGACGCGGGGGGGCGGACGCGCGGGAGAGGACACUAUGUCAAAGGAGACCAGGGUAAAAGGUUCAUCACGAAAACACAGCGCCUCUCAUUGGUGUCUGCAGAACAUCGCACAAGAAUCAGUUGACAGCUCAGAUGAAGAGUUCUUUGAUGCCAGAGAUGUGAUGGAGGGGAAGAGCGCCAUUCUGCUCGGCAUGAGUCAGUGGAACUCAAACGACCUGGUGGAGCAGAUCGAAACUCUUGGACACAUGGAGGACCAGUCGCAUGAGGGACUGUACCAGCUGGGAGGUCCUCGCUGUCCCCCUCAGAGCAGCAUCGAAGGACUGGAAGACACAGAGAGGAAAUGCAAGACCCAUGUGCUGCUGCUGGUGGUGCACGGGGGAAACAUCUUGGACACGGCAGGCGGGGACCCCAGCACGAAGGCCGGCGACGUGGCCACCUUGGCGUCCGUGCUCGAAAAGGUGACGCGCGCUCAUUACCAGGCCGCCGCCGAACAUGUGAAGAUCAAGCUGGUGCCGUGUCCGGCCGUGUGUGCUGAAGCCUUCUCCCUGGUGUCUAAUUUGAACCCGUACAGCUAUGAUGAGAGCUGCGUGUCGAGCAGUGUCGACCACCUGCCUCUGGCUGCCCUGCCCCUCCUCGCCAUCGUCUCUCCGCGCUACCAGGACGCCGUGGCGACCGUCAUCGACCGGGCCAACCAGGUCUACCGCGGCUUCCUGCAGUCUGAAGACGGCCAGGGGUUCACGGGUCAGGUAUGCCUGAUGGGCGACUGUGUGGGAGGUGUGCUGUGCUUUGACGCUUUAUGCUUCAGCAACCACCAGAGGCCUGGCAGCCCCAAUAACAGCAGCAGGAACAACAGCACCGAGAGCCUGAAGGAUAACUCAGGCAUGUUGGGGGAGUCCAGCCCAGGUCUGAGUUCCAGCAAGAGGCUGAGCAAAAGCAACAUCGACAUCUCCGCUCCCAAUGAAGGCCAGAGCGGCCCGCCGCUCAGCCGGAAGCAGAGCGACUCGUACGAUGGAGACACCUCGUCCACCGGCCAGCACAGCUUUUUUUCCAGUUUGAUGAAUGAGGGCGUGGCGGUGCGUGGGGGCAGCAGCACCAGCCUGGUGUUGAACCCAGGUCGAUUUGACUUUGAGGUGUCAGACUGCUUCCUGCUGGGCUGUCCACUGGGCCUGGUGUUGGCCAUGAGACGCACGGUGCUGCCUGCUGUCCAGGUGAGCCAGCUUCAUCCGGCCUGCUCUCAGAUUUUCAACCUCUUUUACCCCUCGGAUCCUUCGGCCUCCAGACUGGAGCCGCUGCUGCAGCCGCUCUUCCACAAAUUGCCGCCGUUCGCUGUGCCCCGCUACCAGCGCUAUCCCCUCGGAGAUGGGCGCUCGCUGCUCAUAGCUGAGAGUAUCCAAGGCCAUCCAAAUGUGUUUCUGGAAGGUGAGCAAUCUCAUGGAGGACCAGCUUCACAGCAGUCCUCUGAGACGAAGACCGAAGGAGGAGGAGGAGGAGGUGGAGGAGGGGGUGGAGGAGGAGGAGAUGAGGGAGGCCGUAGAGCCAGCGUGACCAGUGUGGAAAGUGAAAUGUCGAUUUGCUCCAUGGGGCAGCUGGGAAACACCAUCGCUAACAUUUCCAGUAGCUGGUGGGGCUCCAAAAGGUUGGACUACGCUCUGUACUGCCCCGACGUGCUGACCGCCUUCCCAACCGUGGCCCUGCCUCACCUUUUUCACGCCUCCUACUGGGAGUCCACUGAUGUAGCUGUCUUUGUUCUCCGGCAGCUCAUGAGAUGCGAUUGCGUGAAGAGCCAGGAAGCGGACCACUCGGACUCAGCUCCGUUCUCCCCCUCCAGCCCACGUGAAAAGUGGCUCAGAAGGAGGACACAUGUCAAACUAAGGAACGUCACAGCCAACCACAGAGUAAAUGAUGUCAUCGCCACUGAGGACGGACCCCAGACUCUGGUCGGUCGCUUCAUGUACGGCCCCUUGGACAUGGUCACUCUGACUGGUGAAAAGGUGGACAUCCUGCUGAUGACACAGCCUCAGUCGGGCCGCUGGGUUCACUUUGACACCGAGGUGACUAACAGCAGUGGCAGGGUAACAUACACCAUACCCAGGAGCAAGAAGCUUGGACUGGGAGUCUAUCCAAUUAAAAUGGUGGUCAAAGGGGAUCAAACCAGUGCAGAGGCCUACCUGACUGUGUUGCCACGGGGCAUGGAGUGUGUUGUCUUCAGUAUUGACGGAUCUUUUGCUGCCAGCGUGUCAAUCAUGGGCAGCGACCCAAAGGUCCGCCCUGGAGCUGUCGAUGUGGUCAGGCACUGGCAGGACCUGGGCUAUCUUAUCAUCUACAUCACAGGCCGUCCUGACAUGCAGAAACAGCGUGUGGUGUCCUGGCUCUCGCAGCACAACUUCCCCCACGGGAUGAUCUUCUUCUCUGAAGGCCUCGUUCAUGAUCCGCUGCGGCAAAAGACCAUAUUCCUCAGGAACCUCAUUCAGGAGUGUCACAUUAAGAUCAACUCUGCUUAUGGCUCCAUGAAGGACAUCUCUGUUUACAACAUGCUGGGCCUCAGCCCCUCGCAGAUUUAUAUUGUUGGCAGACCUUCGAAGAAGUACCAAAAUCAGUGUCAGUUCCUUAGCGAGGGUUACGCUGCACACCUCUCCACCCUUCAGUUCGGGCACAGAGCCAGACCCAAGAAAUCCCCUUCAGUUCGGAUGGUCUUAAGGAAAGGUUCAUUCGGUCUCUCGGCAAAGCCUGACUUCCUUUGCAAACGCACCCACCUGCGCAGGACCAUGUCGGUCCAGCAGCCCGACCCGCCGUGCACACCCAACCCCAAGCCUGAGCGAGCCCAGAGCCAGCCGGAGUCAGAUAAGGACACGGAGGAGGGGGCGGAGGAGGAGGAGGAGGAGGAGGAGGAGGGGGUGGACAAACUGCAUGGGGACGUGCCUCCAUACACCGUGGAGACACCACUCCCUGACGUCAGAAAAGAAAUAGAAGGUUUGCAGGAGGACAAAAGAGGAGGAGAACAAAGGAGUCUUAGUGUCCAGGGCCAAGUGUCUGUACAUAUACACCGGAUCUUCUGCUGGUGCUCCUCACGGCUCAGCGUGACCUCCUGCUUGGCCCUCUACACUUUGCCACCUGCUCAGUCCCGCUCAGAGGAUGAAAUUUGACGUGGAUGACAGCAGUUUUUUUUGCGAAUGUCUGUGUCAAGCUCAAAUUCUGUCUAAUUGUAAAAUCAGAGGAUUGUACUUAGGAAUGGGAGAUUUACACACAUAUUUAUAUGCGAGCACGUGUCCCGGGGGGGGAUGAAUAACGCGUUUAAUUCAAAGCUUUUCGAGACCUCGCCCCGGCCUAACGGCAGACCGCCAGAUGCUGCAACACGCUCCGCUCCCAUUCAGACCGGCUCGAAUGCUGACAGGUGGCCGCGACAGACUCCUGCGCCACCCCUCCGCAAAUGUAAAUACUGGACGUGUGAGCCUCUGGACACAGAAUCGCUGUGACAUUAAGGUCCAGUCUCUGCGUGAGCUCUGCAAACCGGAGCCUGGAAAAGCAGCCAGCCUUUGCCUCCAUUUCUCUCCCGCUGUUGGAUGUUUCCCCCCUCAUUGUGGUUGGCUUAUUACCCCCUCACCCACCCUCCCCGCUCGCACGCACGCAUGCACGCACUGCCCUCAGCCACUCAGGCAGAACAUGCCUUUCGACAGCCGCCUCAGACCCGCUGCGCAGCCGCUGAAGCGCUGCGGUGUGCACCUUUCAGCCCCCGAGGUCAUGUUUUGCACUACAUCGCCGCGGCGGGUUCCCGACGCAGCGGCGACUUUGAGCUCCGGAAAACGGAAGAGCUUUACUCAAUGUACAUAUUUUGUUUUCCUGCAGAUUGUGCGCUGUAAAUGUAAAGAUCAAACUGAUAAAAAAAAAUGUUUACAGAUUGAUGGGCGGGGUUGUAAAAAGUGAUCAUUCAUAAUGACUGUGUAAUAAGCGUCAUAGGUGACCUUAGGUUAGUCGCUUGGUAGUUGUGGUGCGGUAGCUCGCAGGAUACACCGGUACAACAGACACGAAACAAUAGAACAGGGAGCCCUCGCAUCCGUUUAUUAUAGCUGCACUGGAACCAGUAGAUUUGUGAUGAAACCCGAUCAAUUCCCAACGGUGGUAACGCUUAAAAAUCUGUGCAUAUUUUUGUAUGAGGAAAUAUUGUACAUAGAAAUAUUUUCAAUGUAUGUUUUUGAACCUUCUGUCGUUUGACUCGUUGAAUUCUUCAUUUCUGCCUUAAAUUGUAAUUGACGUUGUGUAGAGUUACAAAAGAAUUAGUUUGGCCAAAGUUUUGCGUUCCGCUGUACACUUCAUGACAAAGUGCAUUUGAUCUGGUUAAUUUUUUUUCUUUGACCAUGAUAAAUACUGUGCGUGUGUGUGUGCGUGAGAGAGUGUUUGUUGUAUAGUCGUGCUUAAGGGGAAGACAGAGAGACCAAUGACAAGUAAAUGCCUCUGUAGAGGAAGGGUGACACGUUCUCGCUGCGGCUCAGUACCGUGCUGCCGGUUUUUCUGAACGGAUCAUGUAUUUUUAUAGUGUCGAAGUGAAGCAUUGCGUCUGAGGAUUACUCAGUCGAGGCUUUUAUAUUUGCUAUGAAAGAAAAAAUGAGGUUUACGAGGUCUCAAGGUGUCUGGUUUGAACUGAAAACCUGCGUAGCGGAGUGGAAGGUGCAAGCAGGGCGCUAUAUUUGACUCUGUUUCUUUCUCCUCCUGAAUGCCAUAGGUGGUCCAGUAAUUAGCUAUUUGAUUACCACUCAGUACGUACGAUUCCCUGUAGUGCCGCCCCUGUAAUUGCAGUGCACCAAUUAGCAUUACUCUGUAAUUGUAUAAUAUUGUAGAAACAAUACUGAAAUACUUAACUCGAUUAUGUUCCGCAUCUAGGUAGUGAUUCAUUGUUAUCCAGGCAGCAAAACGACCAUCCCAGCCACACGUGUAAGCACAUAAUCGAAGAGACUCCAUCCAACUCAUACUAUAUCCUUUAUAAUGACACAUUGGAGGAGUGAACUGUUUAAAACGGGCAGCAUUUUAGCCCAAAGGUGUUAGUAAAUGGCAAAUAACGAUCUAAUGGUUAAAUGGUGAUUGUCCUGUGCAUGUUAUUCAUUUGAUAUUGUUAGCUAAAGGCUAUCAGUUGUUGUGGUGAAUCGCAGUGAGCGAAGUCAAAUUAAAUCUGUGGUAAAUAGCUGAGAAUGAGGCGCUGUUGAUAAUGUGUAAGCCGAGUAGAAAACAGACCAGUGGUAUAAAUGAUGAAGAUUAUAAAACCCACUAUGUGAGAAAACUUCUCCUAAUAUGAAUAUUAUUAACCCUUCACCGAGUACUAAUUAAUGUUGUCAAAUUAUUGGUAUUCACCACAUCAUGACUUAACUAUUGGGUACUGACCUGAUUUGCCAUUUAUUAAUGGUUUGUAUGAAUUAAUUAGUUCUCAUUUAUUCUGAGAUCCUAUGUUGCUGCAACGUUUCCUGUUUUUUGUACAGAUCUCCUGUGAUGAUGAACCUGUCGUUGUAUUUAUUGGACACGGCCCGUCCUUCAUUAUUGCAUAAAUAAAGAUGUUUCACAGUUGAAGAAUUUA